AUGAACAGCAAGAGAAAAAGACAUCCCGAACCACUAUAUCGUUCUGCCAGUCGCUCGCCCAAGAAGCCCAGACGGAUAAGACCGAAGCCUUCUCUUUUGCAAGCCUCUGAAACGAUAACGCCUAUGCCAGACUUCACGCAGUUCACAGCGCGAGAUAUCUCACGAACCAUCAGAGACGCAGUAUCAUACUCGGACAUAUCCGAUAUCAAUUCGCGUUUACGGUAUAAUGAAGCCCCCGGCACUUUCAACAGUGGGAUCGGUCCACUUCGUGGCAACAAAGGCGGCCAAACAGAACCAUCGAAAUGGUUUCACCGGAGAGACGUGGCCGAUUACGUGGCUGUAUAUCGAGCCAUGGGAAAGGCGAAAGGUGAGAUCCCGUUCAAUAAAUCAAUCCCACAAGAAGCCGAUCAAAUGCAAACGGAUGAGCGACGGAGACUCUUGGAUCAGCGCUUUCGAGAGGGCAAGUCGUCUGGAUACUUCAUAUCGCAGCUGAUGGGCCUGGCAAAUCAAUCUGGCGUCAGCGACAGGGCGAUGUUGGGACUGUUGUUGCAAGAGCGAGCGGCACGAGAAACAUUCAUCAAUGUCUUUUCUGACACCAUAGGCGUCGAUGAUAGUGGAAACUUGUCAGUUGUUGAUGACAAUAUGGCAGGGGAUUUGGAGGCAGACUAG